GAACCGGAAGUAGUAGAAGAAGAAACUCCAAACCAAACGGAGGCAUGGGGAGAAACGGCAGCAAAAAGGGAAAAACACCGGUUUAAAAGUUCAUUUAAGCGGAAAAUGGACGACGAAUACACGUCCGGGUUUAAGGAACCCUGUGCUCAGUGUUGUGCCGUGGACUGGGGUCUGACAGACGAAGGGCGGUUCUACUGCAGGUCCUGUCACAAUGUCAUCGAGAGAACCAAAGAGGUGGAGGACUCCAACUUCAACCCAGGAUCCAGCCGAGUGUCCACCAUCAGCUCCAAGAAACGGAAACUAAAGCAAGAGCGCGGUCGCCAGUGGAUGGUCUGCGAAGGAUUCCAGUUCAUCCUGAUGGACCAGGCCGACGCCCUGGUCAAACUGGGCGUGUCCAAACACUUUAAGGACGAGGUGUUGCAUCAGCUGUGGAUGUUGUACCUACACAGAAGUCAGCAGGCCUACACCAACACCCCCAUCAGGAGCUGCACAGCGCGUCCCCAGACCUCGGACUCGGACAGUGCCGCUGACCUGUCCGUCGUGUCCGGUAGUGAGACGGACAGUGAGAUGUUCCCGCCCAGUCGUGCCAGCUCUGUCACGUCUAACGCAGAUAAUUCUGAUGCGUCUCUGUAUGCAAGUUCUGUGGACGGUUCCACCUAUAGGAACCAGAGGGGCGGAACUUCACACCUGAUGACCAUGAAAAAGACCCUGGUCCUGCUGCACCUGGGAUUGGUGUGGGCCCGCCAAGGACUGACGCUCAGUGACCUGCUCAGGUUGGUGAAUGAAGGCCACGUUCCGUACGUCAACACUUUCCAGGCCUUUCCAGAGGAGAUGAAGCUCAGUGGCUCAGACUCGGUCAUCUUCAAAGUUCUGAAAGUCCCGCCCUAUGAGCAGGUCCACAAGGAGACGGAGAACCUGAUUGGCUUCCUGCAGCUUCCUGCCUUUCCUCCAAUCAGCAGACAGAGUCUUCUCCAUCCAGCCUCACUGUGUCUGCGAUACCUGAUGGAAGUCAACCUGCCCGAUGAUCUCUAUCCCUGGGUUUGUGAAUUGAUGAAAUUUGCUCAACUGGACGACGUUCUCCAGAACCGCUACGACCCCUUCUUACAUCGGAAGUUUCCACAUUACGACGUCCAGGCGGUGGCCAUCAUCAUCGUCACCAUGAAGUUCAUCUUCGGCCUCAACGACCACGUGGAAUGGGAAUCGUCUACUCGAGCGUCGCAGAGUCCACACUCAGGAAGGACCUUCAACCUGAGGAGGUGGUACCGUCUGCUGCAGGGGGCGGUCCUCCGAGCCCAGAGGAGGAGGGACAACGACGCCGCUAGGAAACAGUGGAUUCCAGAGAAACUAUUGUCCUCCAAUCGACAAGCAGAGAAUGUAGCAAUGAAAAGGAAGAGAGUGUCCAAUGAGCUUCAGUCAUGUUUUAGGAAGUUGACUUCUGGUCCAUCUGGUCCUUCUGGUCCUUCCGAUGGUCCUGUCCAACCCCCGUCCAUCUUCCAGUUCUUCUGGGGGGACAUGGACGGUGCUGACGGUCCCAGUCUCCACCGUCAGAAUCUGGAUCUUCUGGUAACGCAGGUGGGCGGCAUCCUGAAACCGACCAAUGAGCAGUACUGGCACCCGGCACUGCGAGACUGCAGCUCCUGUCACGACGGUGGUCAUUACUCAGAGGCGGAGCCUACGCUGCCUCGCAUGUUUGUGUGGACGCUGCAGCUGUUCGCCUUCGUCCUGGACCUGACGCCGGCGCUGAUCUACAGAGAGGUUCUGAGGGUGGAGAGGCGGGUCCUCGGCACCAGAACCCCCCAAUCCAGAAAGCACACCAAGUUCCUGAACGUCAGGCUGGAGAGGGCGAGGGCGAGGUUGGGGGCGGAGAUGAGGGCAAGGGCGAGGUUGGGGGCGGAGACAAGGGCGAGGAUGGAGGCGGAGACAAAGGCGAGGGUGAGGUUGGGGGCGGAGACAAAGGCGAAGGAGGGGAUGACGGUGACGCCACAAGGGCAAAGAAAACGAAAAAAAAAAGCACCAGACGGACUUUGAAGUGUUGGUGGUGCAUUCAGGGAGCGUCUGAAACUUCAGUUGUUUUAGUUCUGUCGACUUGAUCUGUUUUUUAUUUUAUAAUAAAAUAAAAAAACUUG